CCCUGAGUCAAUUUCGGCAGUAGGCAGCAAACCUCGUGCUCGUGGCCACUCGUAGGUCUGCCUUGUAUUUUCGUAAUCUGUAGAUAGUACAUAGCUAAAAGAGUAGCUUUGUUAAAAAAUAAGCUAUGUGUUUGUGAUUAAUGUAUAAAAGGCGAGGUUUUCUCAUAAUAUCCUACAGUAGUUGAAAAUCUUUAGAACUACGUAAGAUAGUGCAGAAAAGUGUAAUACUGAUUUCGCUGGUGUAGUAUAAAGAAAAUAUUAGGUAUAGUAUUCGCCCUUUCUCGCCAUAAAAGAUGGCACCUUCGUGUUUCGAGGUGAUCCUAGUCGGUCUCUUUCUUCUGAUACCUGUAUUAUAUGAAGUGAGCAGGACCUUUCGUUAUUAUCUGAAGUUUUUUCUCUAUUAUGGAAUUGCAAUGCUGAAUUCAUUAAUCCUCCUCCCGAUUGUGAUCUUUCGACCGAAGAACGUGAAAAACUAUUUAUUAGGAUCGGCUGUGUUUUCUAUUUGUACUCACCUUAUUGGACUACGUUGGGAAUUAAGGGGGACAGAACAUUUAGAAAAAGAAAGGGCAUGUAUAAUAGUAUCAAAUCAUCAAAGUUCUUUAGAUAUAUUGGGAAUGUACCAAGUAUGGCCAAUAAUGCAAAAGUGCACAGUUAUAGCAAAAAAACAGAUUUUUUAUGCAUGGCCAUUUGGUUUAGUUGCUUGGCUUUGUGGAUUGAUAUUUAUAGAUAAAAUGCAGUCAGAUAAAGCCCGUUCAAUUUUGAACAGUGCCGCAGUCUAUCUCAAGGAAGACAAGAUUAAGUUAUGGAUAUUUCCUGAGGGCACUAGGCGUAACACUGGACAAAUUCAUUCAUUUAAAAAAGGUGCCUUUCAUGUUGCAAUCAAUGCUCAGUUACCUAUAUUACCAGUUGUAUUUUCUUCUUAUUAUUUUCUAUCUUCUAAAGAAAAAAGAUUCGAUGCCGGUCGAGUUAUUAUAACAACAUUACCACCAAUAUCUACAGAAGGAUUAACUUCAGCUGAUGUUGAAGAUUUAAUAGAAAAGACACGAAAUGCAAUGAUGGAAGUUUUUCAUGCCACUAGUCAUGAAGUGCAAUCAAAUAUUUCUUCCUAGAGUACAGUAAUUAUUUCAUGGAUUUCAUCAAGAAUUUAUUGCACAUAGCAAAUGUGCGCUACAGUUAAACAGGGGACAGAUAAUAUUAAUUAUUAAUUUCAAUUCAUAUUUUACUUCCCUGUUUUAAAUUUCUUUACAAAUCCUAGAUUUUAAUUCUAAUCGUAUAUAUAUAUAUUUCAUUUAUACAUUUAUAUUUACAAUAAUUUUAUAUUAUUAACUGUUUUAUUUUUGAUGAAUCACCUAACCAUUUAUAUAAUGGUCUUUGAUAUAAUAAAUACAUGUAAAUCGUAAUGCAUUCUUAAACAAGAUUUUAUACAUGUAUAAAACAGGUGUUAAUUUCUUUUACUUGAAAAAAAUAACAGAACAGUUUCUAUAGAGAUGGAAAUGUUUGGGUGGAAAAUAUAAUUUUAAUUUUGUAAAUGAUCCGGAUAGUUCAACUAGAUAGAGAAGUUAUUUACAAAAUGAAAAAAAACUAAAUUAAAAUUUUACGUGCGUUUUAUAAAAUUAUAUGAAAUAUAUUUUAUUCAUAAAAUUUUAUAAAAAUUUUUAAGUAUCUAUUUCAUAUUUUCAUUCAUUCAUGUGCAAUGCUGCAAGCGAUUCAAUGUGCGCGUGUGUGUGAAUAAGUAAAAUUAUUUAUUUAUACUUCUAUAUCCUUUUUAAAUAAAAUUUUGUAAAACACUGUUUUGUUCAUUAUAAAAACAGAUGAUAGUCAUGAAAGCACACAAUAUCACAAAUAUGACACUGGACAAGCGUUUCCUGUUAGUAUGGUAAAAAUAUUCAUGCUAUGUGAUAUUAUUUUUAUUUGUAAUUAAAUAUACUCAUGAAUGUUAGUUAACACUGAUAAAGAAAUUCGAACUAUUAAUGUUAGCUGUAUAACUUUCUCUUAAAAUUACUAUGUAUUCCUAUAAUUUAUAAGUAAUUAAAUCUAAUGUUCCAAUAUUACAUAACAUGAAUUUUUUAACAUUAGUUAUAUUGAAUUCUUGUAAUUUUAGAUUGGAAAUAUUACAUAAUAAUCUUGUUUAUAAGCUUGUGACCUUUUAUUGUUAGAAAUAUAAAUGUAUAAAAGAUAACAAGAAUAUUAUUUCAAAAUAUAAAUAAAUAAAGGGCU